CCUCUCCGCCUCGCUCCGCUGCUGCUCUCGCUCCCGGGUCAGACGGCCGGAGCGAGAAGAUGGCGAAGACGUACGAUUAUCUGUUCAAGCUGCUGCUGAUCGGCGACUCGGGGGUGGGCAAGACCUGCCUCCUUUUCCGCUUCUCGGAGGACGCCUUUAACACCACCUUCAUCUCCACCAUCGGUGAGGGAGGGGCCGCUGCCAGGGACGGGGAGAAGAAAUUAGAUUUUGCCCGUAUGCUUUAUGUGGAGAAAGUUAAAUGUUCCCACUUUGAUGAGCCAAAUCUGUUCCGGGAAAUAGUGAAUGCUCAUACAGUGGUUCAGAGUGCUGCAGGAGUGGAUACAGGGACAGCUCAGCACCUGAAGCUGUCCUUUGCUCUUUCUGUGGAAUUGAUUUUCAGAACGAUAGAACUUGAUGGAAAGAAAAUUAAGCUUCAGAUAUGGGACACAGCAGGUCAGGAAAGAUUUCGAACCAUCACGACAGCAUACUAUAGAGGAGCCAUGGGAAUCAUGCUGGUCUAUGACAUCACAAAUGAAAAGUCCUUCGACAAUAUUAAAAAUUGGAUAAGAAACAUUGAAGAGCAUGCCUCUUUAGACGUGGAAAGAAUGAUCCUGGGUAACAAAUGCGAUAUGAAUGACAAAAGACAAGUGUCAAAAGAAAGAGGGGAGAAGUUAGCAAUUGACUAUGGGAUUAAAUUCUUGGAGACAAGUGCAAAAUCCAGUACAAAUGUAGAAGAGGCAUUUUUUACGCUUGCACGAGAUAUAAUGACAAAACUCAACAGAAAAAUGAACGACAGCAAUUCAUCAGGGGUAGGUGGACCAGUGAAAAUAACAGAAAACCGAUCAAAGAAGACCAGUUUCUUCCGGUGUUCGCUACUUUGAUGAACUUUUUCUGAGAGACUGCAGCACACCUAGAGGACUCUUUCCUGCUUCUCUGAAAGCACAGGUCAUCCAGCCUCAGAAUCACACCGCCAGCCUGCUGCUGAGAGCACCACCGAGCCUAGACCUCUCGACACAGAACACCUAGUGGAUUCCAGCCACAUGGCCUAGCGAGACAACAGGCUCCUUUUUUUCAAACAUGGAAGCAAUGAAAUGGAGACUCAUGCAAGACUUGUUUUUCUCUUUGUUUUAUUGCCUGUUGCAGAAGCUGCUAUCUUUUCUUUUUCACUUUGCACAUCAGUGUUAGCCUUUCCCUCUUAUAGCGUCUUAGACUCUCACAUGCACACUUUUGUCUCAUAAAGUUCUAGACAAAUUUGUGCUUUGGGGGUGUUUAAAACAAGAGUAGAAGAUUUAAAGCAGAGGUCAAUAUAACUAAAAUUAAAGGACAUUUGGUUUGAUGUUCAUAUGGCCAGAUGUUAUUACAUUCAUGGCAUUUACUUAAGGGCUCUGAUUUGUGAUUUUCUUAAAUAAGAAUCAUUAAAUUCUGAUAAAAUGUAUCUUAAAAAUUUAUAAAAAUGUCCACCUAUUCAUCAUAGGCUGUAAUUUUUUUAUUUCUUAUUGUUUAGCACUUUGCUUCAUUCUUGACUUUUUAGCCAGAGUCUGGGUAGCUGAAGAAAUCACUUUUCAGUUGAUUCCCUCUGCCUAAUCUAUAAAAACUGCAUUUGGAAAUGACCUUAAUCUCAUUUUUCCUGGGGUUCAUAUUUGCUGUCUUUUCCUAUGUUUGACCUAUUGUAAUCAGUCAGUUAUCUAAAACAUAACAUAUUUGACCAUUGUUGUUUGCUUCUAGUUGUGAACUCUUGAGCUGAAAUUUUACAUGGGCAGAGAGAUGUACCAUUUAGGGUUUUAUUUCAGCGUCUAAUUGCGGUUCCAUCACAUUAGCAUACAUAAUAUAUUUUGUCUUAGGUUUACUCCCCGGCUUGCUGAUUUAGUUGUAAUACCCAAUUCCUACCAUGAUUCCUGUGUACAAGAGUUAACAAGAGUUAAUUUAAAUUUUAAAGCUUACCUAAAGGAAGAGAUAUGACUUUUUAACAUAAAUUUAGUAGAAAUAGCUCUUGGUAAUGGUGAAAAUGAUUUUUCGUUCUGUUUUUACUUGGGUUUUCAAACAAAAUAAGAAUAAAUAGAUUUAGUGCAGCCUCUAGGAAAAGUCUUGCUUUUUCAUUAGAGACAAUAUGAGCAAGGUUUCAGUUUUAAAACAGCUACUGUUGAAUGUGUAGAACCCAGUUCCAUCUGUUCAGGUUUGUUGUUAGAGAACUUGGUCCAGUCAUCUGGGCUGAAGCCAACCAAAAGCUUAGCUGUCUUUCUCACCAAACCCUGGAACUGGGAUACCUUUUGUAGAUGAAACCAUCACAUAGGAAAAGAAAGGGAUUCAGUGUUAACUGUGUGCCAAAUUAAGGUCAUGAUGUCAUUGCUGUUAUCCUAGCCUUCAGUGUCAUAACACAGGGGAGUAACAAAGAGGUGAUGAAGGAAAUGAAUUCUGUUGAUAAUUAUUCCUCCUCUUAGGCCUGUUUUGUUUCACAGAGUUUACCAUCAUGCUUGAAAUUAAGAAUUGGAAAUGGAAGUGGAAACAGAUUGCUUGUUACCACAGAGAAUUCUGCUUCAAAUUAAGAUGUAUCAUAGGAUGCCUGAACCAUUCAAACUUUUUGAAAACUUAUGCACAAUUUAGCUAUAGCAAAUAUAAAUAUUCAGAGCUAUUUUUGAUGGGGUACACUAAAUAUUGUUAACAGAUUUUUUAAAAACUUACCUAUAGGCUUAAAGGCAUCUGUUGGUGCCGAGUAUAAUCAAGUGGUUCCUUGCAUGAAAGUUUGUAAGUCUACCAUCUUAAAAUUAGAUACAUCUUUGGAAAUAAAAAAUAAUUUCUUAGAAACAUCUUGUAUUCACUAAUUUUCUGAAAAAAAUUCCAAGCAGUUAAGCUUUCUGGAGGGUAACAAAGUAGUUUCUAAAAGGCAAGUGCUAUGACACCAUGUAUGAAUGUAAUUCUCUUAGUAAUUUACCUCUGACUAUUUGGUGUCUUAACACUUUGGUUUAUAUUAUCUCAGGGGUUUUCUGCAAACCAAAACUGACAUAUCCUAUGGUUAGUUGUUUUUUUUUAACAAUGCUUUGCUUUUGUUUUAUUCUUUCUCUCUUCUUUUGUCUUAUAUGGAUUAAUAACUAGUCUCCAUGAAAUGCCCUUUGAAAGAGCCGUGAAAGCUAGAUGAGUCUAAAGGUGCUCUUUGAAGUAGCAGCAAUUUGGGGUAUAUGCUCUGUUGUAUAUAAACAAAUCGUCCUUGCUAUUUUCUUACAUUUAGUCUUGCUAAAUUGUAUAUAAUUUGAGCUAAGACCAUAGGAAAUUCACCUGCAUGGUAAAAUGACCCAAUAAAUAUUCCAAUUUGCUUAAUAAUGUACAUAUAGUGCAUUAUUUUUUCUAUUUGUAGAUGAAUUUAGUGAGAGAUAAUUGUCUGUUCCCUGCUGAAACUGAAGAAAUCUAGUUUUGUGUGAACAUUUCUGUGGUCUAUGGGUCAGGUACAUGAAGAUUUUGCAGCAGUACUAGUGGUAUUCAGUGGCUGCGCUUUAUUGUCAGUGUGCUCAUUUCUGCCAAUGAUUGACUAGACCUUUUCAAAUAGAGUCUGAGGGUAUCAGACAAUGGAAAUGUGCUGUAACUUAGCAGCAUGAAAAUCAGUGGAUUGUAAAAUGUUUCACUGGGAACUGAUUUUAGCUCUAUUUUACUUCAGACAGAUUAUAAGAAAACAACCCACCUGUGCAUCCGUUAGGAGGUGCUGCAGGGUUUCUUACUAUUUACAUGAACAUUUUGUGCAGUCUUGAUUAUACAUUUUCAGAAGACUAUACUCUUUACUUUGAAGGACUAUUUUUUAUUAUACCUCAUUUAGCUAACUAGUGUUCUAAUACCCGGUAGAAAAACAG